AUGUAUCUAUCUAUUAUUAUUUCUAUCUAUCUAUCUAUCUAUCUAUCUAUCUAUCUAUCUAUCUAUCUAUCUAUCUAUCAUUGUUUAUAUCUAUUUAUCCAUGCAAGGCUGUCUAUAACAGUAUUUGCCUAUCUCUGUUCAUAUCUAUCUAUCUAUCUAUCUAUCUAUCUAUCUAUCUAUCUAUCUAUCUAUCUCUCUCUCUCUCUCUCUCUAUAUAUAUAUAUAUAUAUAUAUAUAUAUAUGCCUGUAUUAUCUAUCUAUCUAUCUAUCUAUCUAUCUAUCUAUCUAUCUAUCUAUGUGAAAUUGUUUCUUUCUUUCUUUCCUUCCUUUCUUUCUUUCUUUCUUUCUUUCUUUCUUUCUUUCUUUCUUUCUUUCCUUUCUUUCUUUUCCUUUCUUUCUAUCUGUCUAUCUAUCUCAGCUAUUUCAUUUUCUAUCUAUCUAUAUCGCAAGAUAAAUAUCUAUGUCUUUUUGGUUUGCUUUUUUAUAUUUUCUUUCUUAUCUUCCACUCUCACUAUGUGCUUAGCUUAUCUGUCUCAUCUUUUAGUCUAUCUAUCUAUCUAUCUAUCUAUCUAUCUAUCUAUCUAUCUAUCUAUCUAUCUAUCUAUCUGUUUGUUUUCUAUCUAUCUGUUUGUUUUCUAUCUAUCUAUCUAUCUCUAG